AUGAUGUUUUCUUUCACGUCGCUUGGUGGAAAAGUGCAGACAUCUAUUAAUAACGGAUCUGGUCCAUACACAUUUCUGUUACACGGACAUAAUUACCAUCUACUGGGCAGUUUAUUGCCGGAAGAAGGCACUAGGCCUAAGUUUGCCCAACUUUACAUUUUCGACACAGAAAAUGAGAUUCAGAAUCGAAUUGAUGCCGUCAGAUUGGUAAAGAGUCGCAGUACUGAUGGCAGGACGUACAAUCUUCCUAACACAAGUGAAAUAGCAGGCUUGAUCGUUGGUGACUUUGACACACAAGAGGGUAUUAGGGAUAUUGUAGUUGAGACGCGCUCAAAUAAGCUUCAACGAAUCAGUGAGCUCCAUCCUCUUUACUUGCCUCUACAGUAUCCUCUUUUAUUUCCUUACGGUGAAGAUGGUUAUCGAGACGAUAUCAGUUUGAGAGAAUCUUCAUUUGCUGAUAAUAGAAAACGAAGGAAGUUAAGCAUGCGAGAAUUCUUUGCAUACCUAAUUCAGAAAUGGCAUGGAGAACAUUCGUUACUUUUGCAUUCCAAGAAGUUAUUUCAGCAGUUCUCUGUUGAUGGAUUUUCGAUGGUUGAGUCACAGAGGUUGAAUUUUAUAAGGUUCAAUCAGGAUCAACUUAGGGUUGACAUGUACAAGGGUAUCGAAGAAAAGAUUUUUAAAGGAGACACUGAGGGUAAAUCAGUUGGACAACACAUAAUAAUUCCAGGGUCGUUCACCGCAAGUCCAAGGUAUAUGUUUAACAACUUCGUUGAUGCUCUUCAAAUAUGUAACUGGAUUGGAUUUCCAACCCUCUUCAUCACCAUCACAUGCAAUCCCCAAUGGCCAGAAAUACAAAGGGUGUUAAAAGAUACAAAUCUCAGGCCAGAGGAUCGGCCAGACAUUCUGUGUCGUGUGUUCAAAAUGAAGCUCGAUAGUAUGAUGACGGAAAUCAAGAAGGGCCGUAUAUUCGGACGUAUUAGAGCAUAUGUAUGCACAAUAGAAUUUCAGAAACGAGGUCUACCGCAUGCACAUAUUUUAUUGUGGUUGCAUAAUGACGACAAGCCCAAGAAUCCAGAAGAAAUUGACAGGAUCAUAUGUGCUGAAAUUCCUGACGAAGAAAACGACAGAAAGAUGUACCAGUUGGUGGAGAAGUAUAUGAUACAUGGACCGUGCGGUCAGGCGAAUUUGAAAUCUCCAUGUAUGAAAGAUAGAGUUUGCACGAAGCGAUUUCCAAAGCCGUUUGUGCAGCGCACUGAAUCAGAUGCAGAUGGGUUUACAGUGUAUAGGAGAAGGGAAGAUGGCAGAACAGUUACGAAGAAGAAGACUACUCUUGAUAAUGGGUUUGUGGUCCCCUACAAUCGUAUAUUGUUGAGUAAAUACCUAGCUCACAUUAAUAUCGAGCUAUGCAACCAAAACAAGUCAAUUAAAUACCUGUUCAAAUACGUAAACAAGGGGCAUGACCGAGUCACAGCGGCAUUUUAUGAGACACGCAAUACAGAUGGCGGUGCUGAGAUUCGUGAUGAGAUAAAGAUGGACUACGACUGCAGAUAUCUUUCGACGUGUGAGGCAAUGUGGAGGUUGUUUAACUUUGAUAUUCAUUACAGAGACCCGUCCGUAAUUAGGCUAAGCUUUCAUCUCCCCGAUCAUCAGCCAAUUGUCUUCAAUGAACACCAGUCGUUACAAAGUGUGUUGGAUAGGCCAUCUACUAAGCAAACUAUGUUCCUGGCGUGGUUUGAGGCCAACAAGAACUAUCCACAUGUAAGGGACUUGAGGUACGGAGAUUUUCCACAACAAUUUGUGUAUAAAGAGGAUUCUCGAACUUGGGUGCCAAGGAAAAAAGGAUUUUCAAUCGGUAGGAUUGCGAAUGUUCUCCCUGGAAAGGGGGAAGACUAUUACCUUAGGUUGCUACUUAACAUUCAAAGGGGAUGCACGUGCUACGAGGACAUCAGAAAAGUUUUUGACAUCGUCUACCCUACGUUCAGGGAUGCAUGUUAUGUGUUGGGUUUGCUAGAUGACGACAAAUAA